AUGGGAAAUAUUUUUGAGAAACAAAGUGAUGAUCAUGUAUCUCGAUACAUCUUGAAGCACCGUGACGUUGUGUUAAAGCGAAACUUUGAUUUAUGCAAACAAAACUUGAUUCUCAUGAAGGACUUCAUCGAAGCGUCAAACGGUAAAUUCUCAUUUGUUUACGCGCCCAAAGGGGGAUCAGCUUGCUUAUUGAGGCUGGCAGACAUUGAGGAUACAGAGAGUUUUUCAAGGAAACCGGCAACUGAGUACAAAGUCUUGUGCAAGCCCGGCGAGUGCUUCGGCAUUCCAGGCACUCUUAGAAUUGGCUUUGGGACACCACGGAUGAACUCAUGGCAGGCCUUAAGAUUUUGGAACUGGCAUACGACAAAACAAUAG